AUGGUUUCCUGGGGGAGCGCGGAAGCUAACCUAACAUGCAUACAUAUAUGUCCAAGUGAAGUAUUCACACAGUCGCAAUCAACUGUUGCAUUAAACAAUGUUAUUAAGAAUGAUGGCGAUGACGAAUAUAACCCAUUGGAGCAUAGAAAAAUACCACAUCCAACAUCUACUUUAGGCUCAUUUUUCCACUUACUGAAGUCGUCGUUGGGGUCCGGAUUGCUAGCCAUGCCUGCCGCCUUCAAACACACUGGUCUAAUACCAGGAUGUGUUGGUACAAUGUUAGUUGGGAUAAUUGCUACACAUUGCGUCCAUAUUUUGGUAACAACGUCUCGCGACCUCUGUCGAGAGAUUCGAACACCUUUCCUGAACUAUGCGGAUACCUGCGAGAGAGUGUUUAAACAGGGUCCACAAAAAUUAAGACGAUACUCAUUACAUAUCAGGCACUUCGUGGACUACGCAAUGGCCGGAGUAUGUAUUGGUGGUACCAGUGUUUAUGUGAUAUUUAUUGCUGCCUCUUUGAAAGAUAUCGUCGAGCACUACGCGCCGGAAUAUAAACAUUCUGUUGAGGCAUAUUGCGGAUUUCUAAUAAUUCCACUAGUAAUAAUCACACAAAUAAGAUAUUUAAAAUUCCUAGUUCCAUUCUCAAUAUUCGCCAAUAUAUGUUUGGUAGUGACAGUUGCCAUAACCUCUUAUUAUACAUUCUCUGAAGUACCCAAUGACGUGGAUUACGUUUUGGUGAAUGGUGUAACGAAAUGGCCACUUUUUUUAAGUACAGCGAUAUUUGCAAUGGAAGGCAUAAAUAUUGUGAUGCCCAUUGAAAAUGAGAUGAGACAUCCACAGCUCUUCUUAGGAUGUCCAGGGGUACUGAAUAUCACCAUGACUUUCGUCGCCAUACUCUAUGGGGUGACCGGUGCAUUUGGUUAUUUGCGGUAUGGAAACGAGGUGCAGGGAAGUGUGACGCUUAACCUACCGCAAGGAGACACGUUAGCAAUGGUGGCUAAAUUUCUCAUUGCCGCAGCAGUGUUCUUCACUUACUGCCUUCAAAUGUAUGCCCCAAUGGAUAUAAUUUGGGGUCGAAUACAAAUGAAGAUAAGCAGGCGCUUUUAUAACACAGGACAAUUCCUAUUGAGGACUUUCAGCGUGCUUUUAACAGUUAUACUUGCUGUAGCAAUUCCAGACCUGGAACUCCUAAUAGGACUGGUUGGCGCCAUUUUCUUCUCUACCUUAGGUCUACUGAUACCAAUACUUGUUGAAACGGUGCAUAGAUGGGAGCGAGGACUGGGAGCCUAUUCUUAUAUAUUGUGGAAGAAUUUAGUAGUGUUAAUUCUUUACUUAAUAGUUUUAAUAUCUGGAUGUUAUUCAUCUAUUAGUGCAAUGAUAGAAAAGUAG